AUGGACGCAGAAAUCGCCGCAUCGAAGCCCUUCACGCUCGUCAUUGGUCCCCACCGCCGCGAGUUUAUCAUGCACUCAGCCAAGGUUGCCGGGCUCUCCCCAGCUCUCAAGGCGCUGGUGAAUGGACCAAUGCGAGAGGGUGUUGAAGGGAGAGUAGAGUGGGAUUUCUUGGACGACCUAAGCUUCCUAUGUUUCUUCAAUUACGCCUACACAAACCGCUAUGAUGCAACAAAGAUAAAGGCUGAUGCUAAGCCUGGAAUGUCGGCCUCGAGCAACCCAGACCUUUCUGUGACGACAGUCCUCGAUACCAAGAUGGUGGUCAAGUUUGACGAUGGCCAAUUUACAUCCAGGGGCUGGCCUGUUCGCCAGACGUCAAGGGUGAAGCCCAGAAAAGACAUACUUAGCAAACGGGCCGCUCUGUGGACUCAUUUCUGUUGCCUAAAGAAACCUAGGGACGACCCAGACGAACGCAACGAGGAGGCAAUCAUCGCAGGGGGGGAGCUUCCACCGGAGCAACUGGUGUGCAACGCCAAGCUGUACGCUUUCGCCGACUACUACGGCAUUGAGGACCUGAAAGUUCUAGCAUACAACAAGCUGCACAAAGAUUUACGCGACGCCGCUGAAUGCCGCCUGCGCUUGUCCAACGUGGUGUCUCUGUUGCAGUACUGCUGCGACAGACCUGUCCCUGAUGAGCUGAAGGAGCUGGUCGUGCUCUAUGUCGCUUGUCAAUUCGACAACAUUUGGAAAGAAGAGGGAUUCCAGGAUCUUCUGGCGACUCACGGUGACUUGUCCGUGGCCAUUAUUGGAGAGCUGCGCGGUUUAUUGGAGUAG